AUGAAAAAUGGUAUGAGAUUGUUCUUCGUACGCUUACGAACAAGCGAACUCGAAAUGUUAAAACAAGAAGAAAAGUCACGGAGUUAUUCAAUCACUCACAUACUCGCUCUCCGUGAGUUUUGUAUGCAUAAACUUUGCUAUCGCUUAUCUUUACGGGAUUUGGCUGGUGAAACGAAGGAUCUAGUGAUUGAAUCACUAAAUACAGCAUCGAUGUCGUUAAUAGCGUUUGCCACAUAUUUCCCCGAAUAUGUGCGUGCGCGUCUAUCUGCCGCUCUUCUCUUCCAGAUGUUGAACGAUAAACCUAAAAUUGACUGUCUCUCUCCUCUUGGUAGAACAACCCAUGAAUCUUUUUCUAUUCUUCGCAAUAAGCAACAGUUACAGAAGUUGCAAGGUACAAUUCAAUUCUCCAAUCUUUUCUUCUCGUACCCAGCCAGCAGGAAGAACAUGGUGCUCAAAGGUGUUAAUAUAAAUAUACCAGCAGGAAGGACCGUUGCCUUCGUGGGUCCGAGUGGUUGCGGAAAAAGCACAUCAAUUCAACUAAUUGAGAGGUUCUACGAUCCUUCUGUUGGCAAAUUGCUGUUUGAUGACGAAGAUGCUCGUGAACUGAAUCUGCGGCACUUGCGAUCUCACAUUUCGCUUGUGGGACAGGAACCCACUCUCUUCAACUACUCAAUCAGAGAAAAUAUUGCAUACGGAAUUGAAAACUCAACCAUCGAGCAGAUUGAGGAAGCCGCAAAGUUAGCAAAUGCGCAUGAUUUUAUCACCAAGCUGCCAGAGAUUGUUCAAGAAGCUUUGGAAAGAGCAAAAGAAGGAAGAACGUGCAUUGUCAUAGCUCACCGACUCUCAUCCAUUCAGAAUGCUGACUUAAUUGUAGUACUCAGAGACGGAAAAGUGGAGGAGCAAGGUACUCAUCAACAGCUGCUCGCAAAGGAAGGCCUUUACGCGGGAUUAGUUAGCAAACAGGAUCUCAAAUAA